AUGAGUGACCUUGACCGGGCGAUCGAGCAGCUGCGGGCCUGCCGCCUGAUCCCCGAAAGCCAAGUUCGUGAGCUGUGUUACAAAGCGCGCGAGCUUCUGAUUGAAGAAGGGAAUGUCGUGUCGGUAGACGCACCUGUCACCAUCUGCGGUGAUAUCCAUGGCCAAUUUCAUGAUUUGAUGGAACUGUUCCGCGUCGGCGGUGAUGUCCCAGAUACAAACUACCUUUUUAUGGGCGAUUUCGUCGACCGUGGCUUCUACUCCCUCGAAUCCUUCCUCCUCCUUCUGUGCCUGAAAGUCCGAUACCCCGAUCGCAUCACACUGAUCCGCGGCAACCACGAAUCGCGCCAAAUCACAACAGUAUACGGGUUCUACGAUGAAUGUAUUCGCAAGUACGGCAGUGCCAACGUAUGGCGCUACUGCUGUGAAGUAUUCGACUACCUAGCUCUGGGUGCGAUCGUACUCGGCGCGAGCUCAGAGCUAGAACCAACCUCAUCCACCGUGAACGACACCGCACAAUCCAACCUCGCCAUCGCAGACAGCGAGCUAGAAACAGAAGUUCUAGACUCCCGAGGCCAUGUCACAAUGAGCACAUACCGCCCGCGACAGCGCUCCUCAUCCGACGCAUCCACAGACUCCCGCAACAUCUCCCCGCCGCGAGAUAUCUCCGCUGCCCCGGGGCAGGUCGCCGCGCCAUCUCGAUCGGGCGCACCGGGGACAGGCGCAAGCAGCGACGGUAACGGCAGUGCCGUGACUAGCCGGACCGGAGCGGUGCUCUGCGUCCACGGUGGCUUGUCACCGCUCAUCGACUCGGUGGAUAAGAUUCGGCUGAUUGAUCGCAAACAAGAGGUGCCGCAUGAAGGCGCAAUGUGUGAUCUGCUCUGGUCAGACCCCGACGAGAUCGAGGGCUGGGGGUUGAGUCCGCGUGGAGCUGGCUUUCUUUUCGGUGGUGAUAUCGUGAAGCAGUUCAAUCAUCUCAAUGGCCUGUCUCUUGUUGCACGCGCCCAUCAGCUGGUCAUGGAGGGUUAUAAAGAAAUGUUUGACGGUGGCAUUGUAACCGUGUGGUCUGCCCCGAAUUACUGCUACCGCUGCGGUAAUGUUGCCGCCAUACUUGAACUGGGCGAAGACGCCAGCGGUGGAGGUACUGUUGCUCGCAGUAAUGGCGAAUUUGGUCGGAGCAAUGGAAUCUCUGGGGAUAAUCGAGUUGUCAGCCCCGGAAGGAGAUACCGUGUCUUUGAGGCCGCGGCGCAGGAUACAAGGGGCAUGCCUGCGAAGAAGCCCGUCGCCGAUUAUUUCUUGUGA